GACUUCCAGUGCAACAUCCACAUCAUCCCUGUGAAGAACGAGGAAGGCGUGGUCAUGAUGUUCAUCCUCAACUUCGACUACGUGGCCGACGAAGGAAGUGACAACUCUGCCGAGAAGAUAAGCCCCGCCUCCCCCACCAAGUCUGAUCAGAGAAUGAGUCGAUUCUUCCGCUUCCGCCAGGCGGCUCUGAGCCUGAUGAACACCAAGCAGUCUCUCCCGCAAGAGGACCCGGACGCCGUGUUGGUGGACUCCCCCAAAGACCAGGAGGACUGUGUGGCCCUCCAGGGCCUCCCCUCCCCCACCAAGAGCACCUGCAGCCCCCUGGAGGCCAACGACACUCACGCUCUCAUCAGCUCCAGCCGACACUCCUCCCAGGCCAGCGUGGCCCCGGAGCCUCUGGACCACUCCUCUCCCAAACUCCUGUGGGAAAAACUGUACCAGACCCAGGCGCACCAUUCCUCCACCUCCCUGUCCAACACCUUCCCCCGAGGAAGUGUCAGCAGCAUGAGGCGGGCGUCCUCCGUCCACGAGAUGGAAGGUUACACCUCCAGUUCCAAGAGCAUCUUCAGGGAGCGGCACGCCAACGAAGGUGCGUUUAACCACGUGAAGUCCAGCCUGCUGGGAUCCACGUCGGAGUCCAACAUCAACAAGUACAGCACCAUCCACAAGAUCCCUCUGAUCGCCCUCACCUUCUCAGACGCCAACGACAAGAAGACUCAUCACUCGCCGCCAUCCUCAGACAAAACCAUCAUCGCUCCCAAGGUCAAAGACCGCACGCACAAUGUCACGGAAAAAGUGACACAGGUGUUGUCCCUGGGAGCGGACGUGCUGCCGGAGUACAAGCUGCAGACCAACCGCAUCGACGUGUUCACCAUCCUGCACUACAGUCCGUUCAAGGCGGUGUGGGACUGGCUGAUCCUGCUGCUGGUCAUCUACACCGCCAUCCUCACGCCGUACUCCGCCGCCUUCCUGCUCAACGACCAGGAGGAGCAGCGCAGGCGGGAGUGCGGCUACUCCUGCAGCCCCCUCAACGUGGUGGACCUGAUGGUGGACAUCAUGUUCAUCAUCGACAUCCUCAUCAACUUCAGGACCACCUACGUCAACCACAACGAGGAGGUGGUCAGCCACGCCGCCAAGAUCGCCAUCCACUACUUCAAGGGCUGGUUCCUCAUCGACAUGGUGGCCGCCAUACCCUUCGACCUGCUCAUCUUCGGCUCUGGCUCAGACGAGACCACCACCCUGAUCGGACUGCUGAAGACGGCCAGGCUGCUGCGGCUGGUGCGGGUGGCCAGGAAGCUGGACCGCUACUCGGAGUACGGGGCGGCGGUGCUGAUGCUGCUGAUGUGCAUCUUCGCCCUCAUCGCCCACUGGCUGGCCUGCAUCUGGUACGCCAUCGGCAACGUGGAGAAGCCCUACCUGGAGCACAAGAUCGGCUGGCUGGACAACCUGGGCGUGUCCAUCGGGAAGCGCUACAACUACAGCGACGCCAACUCGGGGCCGUCCAUCAAGGACAAGUACGUGACGGCGCUCUACUUCACCUUCAGCAGUCUGACCAGCGUGGGCUUUGGAAAUGUUUCCCCCAACACAAACUCCGAGAAGAUCUUUUCCAUCUGCGUCAUGCUGAUUGGCUCCCUGAUGUACGCCAGCAUCUUCGGCAACGUGUCGGCCAUCAUCCAGAGGUUGUACUCGGGCACGGCUCGCUACCACGCCCAGAUGUUACGUGUCAAGGAGUUCAUUCGCUUCCAUCAGAUCCCCAACCCUCUGAGGCAGAGACUGGAGGAAUACUUCCAGCACUCCUGGGCCUACACCAACGGCAUUGACAUGAACACGGAGGUGCUGAAGGGCUUCCCAGAGUGCCUGCAAGCUGACAUCUGCCUGCACCUGAACAACAACCUGCUGCACAACUGCAAGGUGUUCCAAGGAGCCAGCAAAGGCUGCCUGAGAGCUCUGGCCAUGCACUUCAAGACCACCCACGCUCCUCCUGGAGACACCCUGGUCCACUCUGGAGACGUCCUUACCGCCCUCUACUUCCUGUCCAGAGGAUCCAUAGAGAUCCUCAAGGACGACAUCGUGGUCGCCAUCUUGGGUAAAAACGACAUCUUUGGAGAGAUGAUCCACUUGUUCGCCAAACCCGGCAAGUCCAACGCUGACGUGCGAGCCCUGAGUUACUGCGACCUGAGCACCAUCCAGCGGGAGGACCUCCUGGAGGUGUUGGACAUGUACCCUGAGUUUGCUGACUACUUCUUCGCCAACCUGGAGCUCACCUUCAACCUGAGAGACGAGUCUGCCAGGCCUUCCAGUCCUCAGGGCUGUGACUCGGACGGCGAGGGCACUCGGAGCAUGAAAAGAAGAAUCUCCUUCACGCCAGAAAUGGACGACCAUGACGUCAGCACACACUUGGAAAGGGACUCAAACCUGUGCCUGAAAGUCCGAGGUCCCUCCACGCCGAGCACCCCGGUGCUGGACUCCAACCUUCUCGGACACAGCGAGACCACGGACAACUUGAGGAGAAGUCCAUCUUUCCAAGAUCUGUGCUGUGACAAAUGGGCGUGCAAGAAGCCCGCCCACCACCUGGAGGAGGCGGCCAUCUUGCAGGACCUGAGAGAAGACGAGCGCUCCGCCAGCGAGGUCACCUACGGGGAGGUGGAGCAGCGCCUGGCGCAGCUGCAGGACCACCUCAGCAGGUUGGAGUCUCAGCUGAUGUCGGACAUCCAGAGCAUCCUGCAACUGCUGCAGAGACAGCCCACCCUGGGCCCCCCGGCCUACAGCACCGUGACCGCCAGUCCAAACUACCACGCGUCUGCCGUCAACAUUCAGCCUGUUGCCUUGACGACGAGACAUGUUUUCAGCCAUACGCAAACUCAAGGUCCUGACCCCAAAGUGAAGACGGCCUUCCAGGAACCCAAAGAGUCUGUGGCCAGCGUGAAGACGCCCGCAGAGAACAACCUUUUACCAAGACCCACAGAAGCCCAACACCAACUUAUUCCAACAUCCUCCUCUUCCAACCUCACCUAGACUGGAGACCACCGACCCGUCUCAGACCCAGAGCUGCCAAGGCCAAAAACCUCCUAACCUCUGUCUAGCGCGGAGUGGUCCGGAAGUCCCUUUUAGAUCCGCAUGCUGCCACAAUCUUCUUUUGCAGUCGCUUGCUAGAACAUUCCAUUGACAUCCGAGGAUCCCAACAACACCCAGAUCCCUUCGGACCACUCUAGUCCUUCUGGUAUAUGCAAAACUGUACUGUACGUCUGGACAUACAGCACAGAUCCACCAACGCCCGUUUUCCUCCAGAGUCGCUUCUAGAUCUUCUCAUGACACUUCAGUCGGGUGUUGUACAAAAACUAAGCACUGUGAGAAAGUACACAACCCCAAAGUUGUCACCUUGUGUAAAUGGUAAAUAAAACAACUUAUAUUCAAUUGAAUAGACUGCAAAGACAAGAUAUUUAACGUUCAAACUGGUAAACGUUGUUAUUUUUUGCAAAUAUUAGCUCAUUUGGAAUUUGAUGCCUGCGACAUGUUUCAAAAAAGCUGGCACAAGUGGCAAAAAAGACUGAGAAAGUUGAGGAAUGCUCGUCAAAGACUUAUUUGGAACAUCCCACAGGUGAACAGGCUAAUUGGGAACAGGUGGGUGCCAUGAUUGGGUAUAAAAGCAGCUUCCAUGAAAUGCUCAGUCGUUCACAAACAAGGACGGGGCGAGGGUCACCACUUUGUCAACAAAUGCCUGAGCAAAUUGUUUAAGAACAACAUUUCUCAACCAAGCUAUUGCAAGGAAUUUAGGGAUUUCACCAUCUACGCUCCGUAAUAUCAUCAAAAGGUUCAGAGAAUCUGGAGAAAUCACUGCACGUAAGCCAUGAUAUU